AUGUCAUUGCAUCUGCCUCGUAUUUCGCUUCCAAACUUUUCGGGUGCUUUCCCGGAAUGGGAAAAUUUUCGGGGAAUUUUUGAGUCACUCGUCGACAAAAACAAGUCCCUCACGAAGACUCAAAAGUUACAUUACUUAAAAGCGAGCCUCUCCGGCGAGGCUGCCGUGUUAAUUAAUAAUAUUCAUAUUUCUGACGCGAACUACGAGGCAGCGUGGCAACUUUUUCUCGACGAGUACGACAACCGUAACGCGAUUAUUCACGUGAACAUCCAUUCUUUCGCCGACUUACCAAAAAUGAAAACCGAGAAUGUUCUCGAAUUGAAAAAACUUUGCGAUAGCGUGUCUGCGGCUCUCGCCGCUUUAACGAAUCUCGAGCGUCCUGUCGAUACGUGGGACGACCUCCUAGUUUACAUUAUAUCGCAAAAGUUUAGUCCGCGAACGCGCAAUGAAUAG